UGGUUAACCUUCUUUGCAAGAGGGAAGAAGAGCCAGCCAGUUAACUGCGAGCUUUGUGCGGGGAGCUGUCAAGAGCUUUUUCUCCCUCCCAUUUGUCUCUUAGGCAGAACUGGGGCUUGGCUGUGCAUUGCAGGGGGUUGGAGUAGAUGACCCACAGGGUCCCUUCUGCACAAACCCUCCCGCUUCCAGAGCCCUCUCGUUGGGUGUGCUUGUACCGAGGAGGGUGUCCCUAGUGUACAGUGUCCCUCUUUGCCUUUUGUCCUCAGGAAAGGGAGAAUGGGAGAGAGGGACGCAAACAUCCUGGGAUCCUUCUGUGUCCUCUUUUUCUCUCUCUCCCCACCCCAAGUCCAAAGGGGACACUGCUUUCUUUGCUUGUAAUUUUUAUCGUAUACUUAGAGAAGGCAUUAUUUUGCUGAGCGUGUGCUCAGCAUGCAUGCCACUUUCCCACUUUAAAAAAGCCUCUCUGGGUGACUUACAAGAUGACUGUUGUUAAAGUAGAAGGAUAAUACAAAAUGGCAGAAGCAAUUUUCCACCCCCCAAGAAGGAAGAGAAGAGUAUAUGAAUCAUAUAACUCUCCGUUUCCUAUUUCUUCCACCGGAGAGGGAAUUCACGGAAGAGAUUUCCAAAUAUGCCAGGCUGAAAUUAUAAAUAACAAUGUAAUUGUGAAGAAUCCUGAAGAUAUAGAACACCUAUAUAGUAUGGGAUUUUUUGGGAAAGGUAUUCUUUCCAGAAGUCGGCCGGAAUACAAUAUUUCAGAUCCUAUGUUGGUUGCUAAGUGGCAAGAUGUCGGGUUAAACAUGCCGAUAAUCUCAUCGAAAAAGUACCAGCGUCAUGUAGAAUGGGCUAAAAGCCUCAUGCGGGAGCAAGGACUGGAUGACUUCACAGUUGAUGCAGCCAUUCUGAAUUAUACGCAGCCCGUUAAUCUGAGAGAAGUUGAGCAAAAUAGUGAGGCUGAGGAGACCAUCAAGAUGGAGACGGCUGAGGAUGAGUCAAAGCAUGCAGUGACUUCUUCUGAAACAAAUGGGGAUAAAGUAGCUGGCCUGGAAGGUGAUCCAUUUUUUGACCCACUAGCUGAGAAUGACUCUAAUGAAUCAGAUGUAACAGGAUCUAAAGCUUUAGCUGAAAGACACUUGGCAACACUGUGUCCAGUCAGUGUGCACCACAGCUACAAGCCAGAAGAUUGUAUUAAUCAAGACUAUAAUAAUGAGUUUGUGUUAGUUCAAGAAGAGGAAGAAGAAGAAGAAUCAAAUUUAUGUCUGAAAAAAGAGUUAGUCAAAAAAGAAAGGUUAGUGUGCAGAAGGAAUCCGUUUAGGAUCUUAGAAUAUUUGCAACUCAGUCUAGAAGAGGCCUUUUUCUUGGUCUAUGCUCUGGGAUGUUUAAGUAUUUAUUACAAUGAGGCACCUUUAUCUAUUCUGAAGCUAUGGGAAGUUUUUAGCGAAGCACAACCCAAAUUUAAGGCUACAUACAUGGCAUAUCACUACUUCCGUAGUAAAGGAUGGGUCCCUAAAGUUGGUCUGAAAUAUGGGACUGACCUCUUGUUGUAUCGAAAAGGUCCUCCUUUUUACCAUGCCAGUUACUCUGUCAUUGUGGAAUUAGUUAACAGUGACUUUGAAGGGUCACCACACAGACCUUUCAGCUGGAAGUCUUUGUCUGGGUUGAACAGGACUACAGCAAAUGUUUCCAAGGAACUCAUGUUCUGCUAUUUGAUUCAGCCACCUGAUAUGACUGCAAAAGAAAUGUUGUCACCAGAAUGUCUCAAAAGAAUUAAAGUUCAGGAAUUGAUUCUAAACCGUUGGGUCUCAUCCCAUGAGCGCAGUGAACAAGAAGAGCUGUGAUAAAAUGGACUGCGGAAACAUGACGACAAACUAAAUAAAAUGUCAAAUGUUUA